UGCUAACAGAGUAUUUUACCUGCAUUCUUCAGCGGUAGUUAUAAAACUGUCAAAAUGGUUUUGUCACUGAAAAAAGUUUUGAUCAGUGAUGACAUUGAUCCAAAAUGUAUAGAAAUUUUACAGAAUAAUGGAAUUGAGGUUGUGAAGAAAACGAAUCUGACAAAAGAACAAUUGAUUUCAGAAAUACCGAUAUACGAUGGCCUGAUUGUCCGAUCAGCCACCAAGGUGACGGCAGACGUUAUAAAUGCCGCUGCCAACCUGAAGAUAAUUGGGCGAGCGGGAACGGGUGUGGACAACAUCGACUGUGUUGCAGCCACCAGGAACGGCAUCAUCGUCAUGAACACUCCUGGCGGAAACACACUGAGUGCAGCAGAACACACCUGUACCUUGAUUGUCAGCUUGUCACGGCAGCUGGGUUUGGCAGCACAGUCGAUGAAGGCCGGCAAGUGGGACCGGAAGCAGUUCAUGGGCAAUGAACUGUAUGGGAAGACCCUCGCCAUCAUCGGACUGGGCAGAAUCGGCAAGGAAGUGGCCAUUAGGAUGCAGUCGUUUGGUAUGAAGACCAUCGGCUUUGACCCUAUUAUUGGUGGUGACGUCAGUGCAACAUUUAAUACAGAGUGGCUUACCCUUGAUGAGAUUUGGAAACAAGCUGACUACAUUACAGUUCAUACUCCUCUGAUACCUCAGACCAAACAUCUCAUCAAUGAUGCAGUAUUUGCGGCCUGUAAGAAAGGCGUGCGAGUUGUUAACUGUGCUAGGGGAGGCAUUAUAGACGAAGCAGCACUUCUGAGGGCGCUGGAAUCGGGGCAGUGUCGGGGAGCUGGGCUGGAUGUCUUCACUGAGGAGCCUCCGACUGACUACACCCUUGUGAAACACCCCCUGGUGAUAGCGACCCCCCACCUUGGUGCGAGCACGGUGGAAGCCCAGAGUCGGGUAGCAGAGGAGAUCGCUCAGCAGUUUGUCGAUGUCACACAGGGAAGAAGUUUGUUUGGAGCGAUCAAUGCAUCUGCCCUAGCGAAAACCCUCAGUCCUAACAUUCAGCCAUGGGUGAAGUUGGCACAAACACUUGGUUCACUGACUGCCGUUCUUGCAGGCAAGGGAAGUAAUUCUGAACGAAAGAUUCAGAUAACUAGUACAGGUUCCAUUCUCAAAGAUGGCAAAUCUUACCUUAGUGCUGCCGUUCUGGCUGGUUUCAUGAGGAAGUGUGCAGAUUUAGCAUAUACUUCCUCAACACUGAACCUUGUCAACGCUCCUUUGCUGGCACAAGAAGCUAAAAUUCAGGUUGAUGUUACUCACAAAGAUGAUUUGUCGGUGUCUUGUGUUGACGCUGUUGUUGUUGACAUGGAGACUAGCCAGGGUGGAUUACAUUUGUGUGGUACGGUGACCGGGUUGGUGCCCGUGCUGGUACAGGUUCAGGAGACCACAUUCUCAGUGCCACCGAUACUCCAGGGUCCUCUGCUCAUCUUCAAGGCCAGGAACAACGUGUCUGAAGUUGUGCCUCUAGUGUGUGCUGGUCUUUCGGAAGCAGGAGCAGUCCUCACAAGUCUGUCGAUCUCUACAACAAAGAACUCUUCGGUGUGGGGAGUAGUGAAUCUCACCUCACCGGUAGCCAAUGGGCUUGAAUCUGUGAAGAAGCAUGUGAUCUCUGUUGAUCAAAUUGUUUUGUAGUUUUUGUUCACUGCGUCAAGAUUCAGUUUUCAGGAUUUGUGCUUCUGCAUACAAUAUCUUCCAUUUGCUAAAUGAAUGAUUUAGAAUGGAGGUGUCUAACAUUCCUAGUCUACAAAAGGUAUGGUCAGUAUUGACAAAUUUGGUCAGGAAAUCUUUAGCCAGAUUCAUUUUUCACUUGGCCAGACAGCAAGAAUAACAAGAGAUCUAAAGCGGGCAUGUGCUUUUGUAAUUAGCUUUUAAAAGAAUUAAUGAAUUGUACUCGUCAAAUUCAAUUUUAAUUUGCAUUUGGCAAAUGAUAGCUUAAAUCUUGGUCAUUUGUUUUGUUUUUGCUUCAUGUUUUCUUCUGCGUUCAAGCUAUAGUUGAUCAUGUUUUAGAUUUGGAGUCCGGUUGUGGUGAUAAAAAAUGCUGUCUCUGUCAAGUCUUCUUUGGAACCCCAAAGCUUGACAACCAGUGUUGCUCCGUUUGGCCAGUGCUUUAUCCUGGCUUCAUCGUAGAGGGGGCAGAAUUGCAGGAUGUACUCUGGGGACUGUGGUCCUGUUUGACAUGGACAUUCAUCAGUGUCUGCCAGUUUCAGGCGGUACAUACAGGAUCUGAGAUGGCAGUGACCGGUUCUUAGCCUGAAAAUGGUUGUCUCUUGGUAUAUCUCCAAAUGUUGGUUUGGAUCCUUGGUUGUUGUGUAGGUACAUCAGAACUUGCUGCAUGUUUUCAAUUGAGCUCAUAAUGUUGAAUUUUUCCACCUAUAAAUAUACUUGUUUAAGAAAACACAUGUGAUCUUCUAGGUAUGUUUCAGUAAGUUUGCUCUUUCUGUUCCCAACCAUCACUCCCCAUUCUUCAUGGCUGCUUGCAUCCAGGAGGAAGGCUGAUUCUGCAAGAAUGAUGUUGUUAUCACUGAUUCUGGUACCUUUUCUGACACCCAACAGCCGAUGUCUAUUUUUGUGCUGGGGUGUCGUUAAACAUUAAUUAAUUAAUUCAUUAUUGAUUCGUAAUGCAUAUACAUGUAUAUUAGAAUGUCUUCAAUUCACUCCUAGGAUAUAUGUCCUAUUGUGUAUACAUUUUGGCUGAAAUUUGAAAGAAAGGAAAUGGUCUAUUUAAUGAUGCACUCAACACAUUUUAUUUAUAGUUAUAUGGCGUCUGACAUAUGGUUAAGGACCACACAGAUAUUGAGGGA